UAACGCGCUUUUGGCCACAACAGUUUCGUCAGAUCUUUCGGCUUCGUUGCACGCAUUGUCUGUCGUUUGCUGUUGCUCCUUCUCCGUCACCUUCUACUAAGUCUUCUUUCAAUUCAUUCAAUUUUAUUGUAGCCUCAAAUAAAAAAAAACUAGUUUUACGUUUUCGGUCUCGGUUUCGAUUAAACUUUUGCGUAUUGUGUUGUGUAUUGUGUUUGUGCAGAAAACCAGAAACUUGACAUCUUUUAACAAAAAAAAAUUGAAUUAAAAGUAAACAAAAGAAUAUUUAACUUAAUUGCAAAAAGCAGCUAAGAAACAACAACAACAAAAUGAGAGUGCCCACCAUGUUGUCGGAAAUCGAUAAGCUGCCCUCGAUUCAAGUGGGCGACUUUACGCUACAAUUCGAACUGGGAGAAGCAUCUGCUGCAGCCAAGGAAGUGGCAGUAAAAGAGCUUCGGGAGUCACCCGAACGCCAGAAACAGGCAGCCCAGGAACUUAAACGUCUGCUUGAAGCGGAAACCGAUCUGUACUGCCCCAAGGACAAUGAAGAGUGGCUGAUACGCUUCCUGCGUCCCUGCAAGUAUUAUCCGGAGAGUGCGCGCGACUUGAUCAAGCGUUACUAUUCGUUCAAGGUGAAGCAUUCGGAUGUGUAUAACAAUUUGAAGCCCACAAGGGAAGAAAAUAUCUUCAAGAAUAACAUACUCACGGUGUUUCCAAAUCGAGAUCAGUGUGGACGUCGUAUUCUUCUGCUGGAACUGGGCAAGCGCUGGAAGCACAAACAGGUGACGCUAGAUGAGGUCUUCAAAGGUGCUGUUAUUUUUCUGGAGGCUGCCAUGCUGGAACCGGAAACACAAAUCAAUGGAGCCGUUGUCAUCUUCGAUAUGGAUGGACUGAGUCUGCAACAGACCUGGCAGUUUACGCCGCCAUUUGCCAAGCGCAUUGUGGAUUGGCUGCAGGAUUCGGUGCCGUUGCGCAUCAAGGCAAUUCACAUUGUGAAUCAGCCAAAGAUCUUUAAUGUUGUCUUUGCGCUAUUCAAGCCAUUCUUGCGCGAGAAGCUGCGUAGUCGCAUCAUCUUCCAUGGCACCGAUCGUGAAUCCCUGCACAAGUACAUGUCCCCGAAAUGUCUGCCAUCCUGUUAUGGCGGCAUCCUUGAGCUGCCCCGCAUCGAUGGCGAUCAAUGGUAUCAACUGUUGCUCAUGUGCGAUGCGGAGUACGAGGCGAUUAAUUCGUAUGGUUAUAAAAAGAAGUGAUUUUCCACCCACAUUGAUUGUGUACAGCAAGUGAUAUUUUCUCGUAUACCCACAACUCGAUUAAUAUGCAUUAAGCUAGUUAACUGUUAUACGCUUUUACAGCCAACGCUUGCGAUAGUCUUAAAAGCCAAGAAGUUUGCCUUAGUUUUAAGCAAUAGAUGCGUUCUAAUCUGGCAGUAAGUUUAGGUAUAACACCUAAAACAUAAUGAACUUUAUACAUUUAUAUUUAAACGGGGUUAAGCGUACUUAUAGUGUGUUAUAUACUUUUAUUACUUAGUUAAACGUACUAAAAUAUAUUCAUAUAUAAAUCUUACAUUUUAUAAUGAAA